AUGGACCAAUUAGAUGCGCCGAUCCCGCUCGAAAUCGGGUAUUACGACCCGUUCUCGCUCUAUGCGCACCUCAAAAAGGACCUCGAGGCCAUCACGCGGAUUGAGAAGCUCCAUUGGAAGCCGGGUCCCGCCAGCUCGGUGCGCACCCUCAGUAACAUCAAACUCAACUACGUCCAGUCCACAGACAGCAAAUAUCUCAACUUCAUUUUCAUCACCAGCACCAGCAUAGACGAGUACCGCGCACGAGUGCGGCCUGUGGUCAAGCAAUGGCUCAACAACGUCAAGUCGGCCAAGCCGACGUCUGUCUACUUCAUAAUUCUGUACGAAAACACCGCGCACAUUUCGAGGGCAGAAAAACUGCUCAAAACCAACCUGCUAAACAAGCUGAAGACGGAUUUUGUCGACGACAUGCUCACGUUCGACAACAUCUUCAAAAUCAAGUCCAGCUACCCGUCAGCGGUCGAAAAAAGCGAAGCCUGGGCCGGCCUGGCCAACUCGGUCAAAAUAGGGCUUGUCGAGUCAAUUGGCCACCGACUCGCGUACUAUCGCUCGCGCGACACGCUCGACGGCAUGAACGAGCUUGCUCAUCUGUUUAUGAGCAUUGGACAGUUGGACGACGCGCUGCAAUGUUAUAAGGAUAUGAUUGCGAAGGUUGAUAAACUCGACCUCGCCGAGGGGAUUGAAAGCUGCUCGUUUGGAGACCUACCUCUUGCUGACAGCACGCCAGACAUUGACUACAAGUCGAGGUUCAAGCUCAAGGCGUUUUUCUACAAGCAGUCAGUGACCAUUUUGCGCAAAACGGCGACGAGCGAGGCUCUCAUGAUUCGCACCCAAAUGGAGUGGAUCCAGGUACUUUCGCGGUUUAUUGAGUCGUUCGACGAGAGCUACAAGAAGAACGAGAUAGCAGUGGUUUUGAUCACUGACUUUCUGAACAAUGCACACCUCCAGAAGCUGCUGGGUGGUGUCGAGCGAGACCUGGCCGAGCUGUACGAGAAGCUCGGCGACAUUAGAAUUUUACGACGCAACGAGCUGGUCAAACUUGCGCAUUGCAAGGGCUACGUGCUUGCCGGCUCUCUGGUGGACGUUCCGAUGCAUUCUGAGAAAUACGAGCUGUUUGACGAUACCGUUAAGAGCAUACUAGAUUCAGAAAGCAGGUUCCAGGAGUACGCCAUUGACGAGACGAAAAAAGUCAUUGAAGACUACUCCAAAGCGCAGUCGCGGCCGCGUACCGUCGACACGUUGUCGACCGAGCUGGCACUGAUUUAUUUCCACAACAUGAAGGAGCUGGAGACGUCGUUGGAGAUUUUGAACGACUCGUUCACCUAUUUCAAAAACUCCGAAUGGAAGUACAUCACGCUGGGCAUACUGAAGAUAUUCAUCGCCAAUCUCGAGCAGCUGAGCGCAACGUACGAGGACGUGCUGCCCGUGCUUUUGACGUCGUAUUUGGAGCUCGUCGCCAAAGACGAGCCGUUCGAAUCGGACAAGUUUUCCAAGAUUCUCGACAACCUGACCGAUCUUGUGGUAUUUGAGUCUGCCGACCUGUUUGACUGCGAGCUCGCUCCCUGCAUCGACCCGGCCGGCGUCGAUACGUACGAGCUGGGAGUGCGGAUCACCAGCAAAAUAGUGCUGCCGGUGGACGAGAUUAUCGUGAAUUUCGAUAGCACACAAUUCCGGCUUGGUAGCUGCUCUCUGGAAAAACACAGCAACUAUAAGUUGGAGUCAAAGGACCUGGUGUGUGGUGAUUUGGAAGCCCGGAGCGUUGUGGUACGCUCUGGCAAGCUGGAAAUCCGCAAGCCGCUCGACUUGCGUGUUUUUGCAUAUCCGAUUGAGCAAUUCUACAAAAACGGCCACCUUUAUCAAAACACCGUGAUAGAUGCCGUUAUUCCGCGAGUCAGAGACCUCAACAGGGACGAGAUCAUGCUGGUCGCCAAGGUUGGCUCUGAGCAGCUCUCACGUUGCGAGUUUGUGUUCCACAAGACAGAUAUCGACCGAAUGGUGCCCAAGGCAGAGUAUUUGGUUGAGAGUGACGGAAAAGUUGUUGAAACGGAGGUCGAAAAUGACAUGGACCAGCUGGUGUUCAAGUGCAACUGUCCGUUUUCUCCCGGCUCGACGGUGACCGUGAGAAUUCCGUAUUUUUUCCCGCCAGAGGUGUCCAACACGCUCGUGCCGUUGUCGUUUGGACUGGUCUUUGGCGACCGCUCCGUGUAUCUGACCAAGGACCUGGACACCCAGCUUCAGAUUGCGGUCUCGGUGCAGGACAUCUUCAAAUCGGCGCAGCUGUUCUCUAAUUACUCCAUCAACUCGCCGAUCCACAACCGCCCCGUCAGGGUGCAGAAGGUGGACCUAACGUCGCAGAACUCGACGGUGGUCACGUGGAAGCAGCCGCGCAACAUUAUUGCGUUCAACGACCAGGGGUCGACGUUUUUCUACAAGAUCGAGAGUCUCAGCGACGAGAGUCUGAACCUGCAAAUCGACUACAACGACAUUGAGGACGAGAUAGUUGUUGGGCUUGAGAAAAUGUUCCACAAACAGAUUCUGGACGAGGAGCCGGAAUUAAUUAAAUACUCGAGUCUUCUGCGCACAUUUUUCAGGGCACAGAAACCAAAGCUCAACCAUUACUCUUUGACGAACUGCAUCAAGACUGACCCAUUUGAAACCAAAGUCCACCAGAGAGUGCUUUCGCGACUGCAUCCUGCCGACGUCCAGAGUCUUGCCGACAAACUGCGGGACUUCUUUGGCCGCAGCUACGACGUUUCUCCGGAUCUGCAACAGGAGCUCAUCUCCGCGUCCUGGAAACAACUCAACAUAGUGGUCACGCUCCCUGUGAUCAACACAAUCAACAUUGUCGAGUUCCGGUUUGCCAAGCAGCUGCAGUACCUAGUGUGCGAACCAAUCCACGCACGUCUGUCGCUCCACGUUAUUCUCUUUAAAUUGGAAGAAAAGGAGAACAAAAAGGUGCGGUUCCAGAACGAGCCGGAGAUCCCAAAAAACAUCAACCUCAAGCUGGAUCUUGUGGAGAACGAGAACAACUGGCUUAUCGCCGGCCUCAAGAACUUCGACCUCGAAUUGGACCUCCAGAACGACAAAAGCGCCGCGUACGAGUUCGAUCUCGUUCUCACGCCGCUGCGUGUGGGCAAAUUGGAACUGCCGCGGGUCGAAAUCAGAAACAAGUCCGACUUCCAGAUCCAGAUGGAGCUCGACUACAAAAAUAGCUCCGAAAACCUGCUGGUGGUCUCUGAACUCAACAAAGUGACGUAUUCAUUCUAG